GCCAAAACCAACUCUUUCUCUUCAGCACCUUCUUCUUCAGUUUCUCCAUAUUCUUCUAGCGUUCUAGUUUUGUUUCAUGGAAACAUCAUCAGGACCUCAAUCAUCCUCCAACAUAGGCAUCAUAGUUGAAAACAAACCCUCGGAUUCCAAGUUAUCUGAAUUGGGUAUCAAGUCCUGGCCUAAAUGGGGCUGCCCUCCGGGAAAGUAUACUUUUAAAUACGAUUCAGAAGAGACAUGCUACUUGCUCAAAGGCAAAGUGAAAGUGUUUCCAAAAGGGUCAUCAGAUUUUGUAGAGUUUGGUGCAGGAGAUCUUGUGAUCAUCCCCAAGGGACUAACUUGCACUUGGGAUGUUUCUAUAGCUAUCGACAAAUACUACAAAUUUGACUCUUCAUAAACUUUGUCAACUUCUUUUGACAGCCGCUUGAUGUAUAUCUAUAUCGUGUUGAUAUGGAUGAUGAUACAUCACUUUAUAAGAUAUUAUGCAAUGUUAUUCUUUUGAGAUAAUAGUUUGAAAACUUGUUAA